GUUUCAACCGGUUGCCAAAAGGUAAUCGGUUCCAGGUAUUGUCUGCGAUAAACCACAUCAUUUAUUGCCGUUUAAAUUACUUAAAGUUGCAGGGUUUAAAAAAUAUGAAUAUCCGAGGUAUAAAAAGUGCAAUGGGAAUAUAUUUAAAUCGACUUUGCUUUACACGCGAAGUUGCGACUAAAAUACCAGUUGUCAAUCGAAACAAGUUUCCUAACACAAUUAGCAGCUUAAAAAUGGAUGGGUGGCAAAUUCACAACUAUGGCACGACUGAAGAAUUGCAGUUUUCGACGGGUCUAAGAAUGCCCAUAAUUUCAAAUUCUACUGAUUGUUUAGUCCGUAUUAACGCUACAACGGUUAACCCUAUUGAUGUAGCUAUGCUAGGAGGAUAUGGUUCAAAAACUUUAAAUCUAUUGCGGUAUCAGUAUUCAAAAACGAUAGAGUUUCCAUUAAUUCUUGGGCGAGAAUUUUGUGGUGAAGUUGUUCAAUGUGGAAUGGGCGUCGAUAAUAAAAUUUCUGUGGGCGACAGAGUGUAUGGUGUGGUGCCGUUACAUAUAAAUGGAUCACAUGCCCAAUAUGUUGUUGUGCCACAAUAUUGUCUGUCAAUAGCUCCAGCUUCUUUAUCGAAUGAGCAAGCAGCGUCAGUUCUUUAUGCUGGUCUUACUGCAUGGUCGGGGCUAUAUGUGACCGGCCGUUUAGGGAGUGUUUGUGGUGCAGUCUCCUGUUCUGGUGGUGGUGAAAAUAGCCGUGUAUUGGUCAUGGGUGGCUCUGGAAGUGUCGGUUCACUUGCAAUACAACUACUUAAAUCACAAAAAGUUACUGUUUAUGCUACAUGUAGUGAUAGUGCUAUUGAACUUGUAAAAACUUUGGGAGCUGAUUAUGUGUUCGAUUAUAAAAACUCAGCUGAAUUCGAAGCGUUGCGGAAUUAUGCACCUUUCGAUAUUGUGUUGGAUUGCACAGGACAAGGAGCAGAACUGGCAAAAAAUCUUAAUUUUCAAUUUGGUCAGUAUAUAACGUUUUCUUCUCCUUUGUUGAAGAAUGUAGAUAAGUUUGGCAUAAGUUUCGGAAUGUUGAAAAAUAUAACGCAUUUUAUUCAAUCCAAUAUGAAAUCAUUAUCCGGGAAGGGGUUUUUCCUAAAGUAUGGUUUCUUUAUGCCAGCACCACAAGGGAUUGAACUACUGACACGUUUGGUGAAGAAAAAUCAGUUAUCGCCAAUAAUUGAUAGUUCAUUCACUUUUGCUGAGUUGCCACUUGCUUUUGAGAAGGUGAAUCGUGGUCAUUUGCGAGGAAAAGUUGUAAUAACAAUGUCAUAAUAAAAUGUUCACCAACUUUUGCUCUAAAUUUAAUGGACUAUGGCACUGUGAUUAAUGCCAGGAACUUGACAGUCGCCAUUGAGGCAAUGUGCUUUUUAUUCGAAUAUUUAGAUAUAAGGGCCUUAUUGCAGAUCGCUACGCCACCUAGAAGCUCCAGAGUGCCUCCACUCCAUGUCGCACAAUCGGCAGUAGGCACAAGAGGCUAUAACCAUGUUGAAAAGAUACAAAAACAGUAUAUCAAUGUUGUUUAUGACAAAUUUAUUUAUUUUAUUUUUUUUUUAUCUAUUAUUCUAAAUGAAGUGCAGCUGGUAAUAUGAAAUAAAAUUUUUAAACUCAUUACUAAUAAACUCAUUACAAUUCGUGAAUAAAAAUUGUCAUUUUGCAAUGAAA